ACAAACAGAAAAGGAUCAUCUACUUAAUGAUCUUGAGCCCCAAGCUAGAUUGAGUAAUUUCACGAACACACAAACCCCAAGAUGCCUUUGUUCAGGUCUAAUCAAUCCCAGAGUCCAGGCACAACAGCCUCCGAGGCCAGCAGUUUCCCGUUAAAGCUUGAGGAGUUCGAACUCGAGACUGGGUCCAAAACGACACACGAGAAGGCCCAUAAAUCCGAAUCCAAGGUUGUUUUGCCUGUCGUCUUUUCAUUAUGUCUAGCAGUCUUUCUCACGGCUCUGGAUCGAACCAUUAUUGGAGUCGCAAUACCUGCGAUUUCUAACGAUUUCCAGUCCUUCAAUGACAUUUCGUGGUACGAGAGCGCGUAUCUGCUUACCUUUUCUGCACUGCAGCUGCCCAUUGGCAAGAUAUAUACCUUCUUUCCCGCCAAAUGGGCUUUCAUCACACUCAUAUUCAUAUUCGAGAUCGGUUCCAUCAUCUGCGCCGCAGCUCCUAACUCCACCGCAUUCAUAAUCGGGCGAGCCAUCGCCGGCAUUGGCAGCGCAGGAAAUACCACGGGUGCGAAUGUGAUCCUUUCUGACCUCUUACCGUUGGCGAAAAGACCGAAAUAUAUGGGCUUCAUUGGCGCAACUUUUGGUCUUGCUUCCAUUGCCGGGCCUCUUCUUGGAGGCGUCUUUGCAUCCAAGGUAUCGUGGCGAUGGUGUUUCUGGAUAAAUGGACCCAUCGGAGGACUAGCACUUGUUGUGUUGAUUAUGCUUGUGCCCAACAACCCACCGGCGCAGGAUCAUUCGGACAAACCGCUCCUGGACAGACUGAAGGCAUACGACCCUGUCGGGACGGCGCUCCUGACACCAGGGCUUAUAUUGCUUCUGCUCGCACUGCAGUUGGGUAGCACCGAUUUGAGCUGGGGUUCUCCCCGAGUUCUCAGCACGCUUAUCAUCGGCAUCAUGCUCAUAAUUACCUUCAUCGCUUGGCAGUUCUGGGUUGGGGACAAUGGAACAUUGCCACCAAGGAUCCUGGGUAAGAGAAGUAUUGCGGCCGGGACCGCGGUGUCACUAGGCUUCGGUUCCACGCUGAUUGUGGUGACCUUCUACCUGCCCAUCUGGUACCAGGCUAUUAAAGGACUCUCUGCGGUUGAUGCGGGCGUACGCAUGCUUCCGUACUUUCUCGUUACCGUGUUCUUCGUCAUCGGCUCUGGUGGCUUCGUUUCGUGGCAAGGUUACUACACUCCCUGGCUGAUAGCUGGGACAGCUCUGCUAACGAUCGGCUGUGGUCUUCUCACCACGUUUCGAGUUGACACAAGCACGGCCGAGUCAAUCGGCUACCAGGUUCUGGUGGGUGCCGGUAUGGGCAUGAGCCUCGCGCAGUGUAACAAUGCAGCUCAAACCGUUCUAUCGCGAGAAGAUCUUCCUAUUGGCAUCACAAUCAUCAAUUUUGGCAAUUUUGUUGGAGGAACCAUCUUCGUUAGCAUCUGCCAGACCAUUUUGACUAGCACGCUCCAGUCACAACUCGCCCAGAAGAUCCCUGGACUGGACGUGUCGUCGAUCAUGCAUGCUGGAGCGACAGACUUGGCGAAGUUGAUACCGACGGACAAGUUACCGGUCUUCCAUGCUGUGUACAACCAAGGCAUUGUUAACGUGUGGUACUGCGCGCUUGGAGUGUCGGCUUUUGCGUUUGUGGCUUCGUGGUUUGUAGAGUGGAAGUCUGUGAAAGGAAAACAGAUCAUCAUGGAGGCGUAGCUGCCCCAUACGAAAGGCCAACGGUAGCCUGACAAGGUUCGCAGCCCUUCACUCAGUGGUUGGAAACUUGGUCUGAUCUCAAACUCUUUCUUACACUCGACUGUACAACCUUGGUUGUAAUAUUACCUGUACAAUAAUC